UGCGGUGAGGCUCGCGGCCGGAGUGCGGCGCUGGGCGGAAGCCACCAUGGCGGCCGAGCGGAAGACAAAGUUGUCCAAGAAUCUGCUGCGCAUGAAGUUUAUGCAAAGGGGACUGGACUCAGAAACCAAGAAACAACUAGAAGAAGAAGAAAAGAAAAUCAUUAGUGAAGAGCACUGGUACUUGGAUUUGCCAGAGCUUAAAGAAAAAGAGAGUUUCAUAAUAGAAGAGCAGAGUUUCUUACUGUGUGAAGAUCUUCUCUAUGGAAGAAUGUCAUUCAGAGGAUUUAAUCCUGAGGUUGAGAAAUUGAUGCUUCAGAUGAAUGCCAAGCACAAAGCAGAAGAAGUUGAAGAUGAAACAGUGGAGCUUGAUGUGUCAGAUGAAGAGAUGGCUAGAAGAUAUGAGACCUUGGUGGGGACAAUUGGGAAAAAGUUUGCCAGAAAGAGAGACCAUGCCAGUUACGAAGAAGAUGAAAAUGGAGACAUAAAACCGAUUAAAGCGAAGAAGAUGUUCUUAAAGCCCCAGGAUUAAGAUGGAUGCCUUAAGCGAUGGACCAUGGGUGCUUGGUGGAAGUCAGCAGCGUAUCUGGAGCUCAUCCCGAUAGCGUCUCUAUAGUUAUUAAUACUGUAACGUUUACUUUGUAAAGAGAUGUAUCAUUUUGGAAACAUGCUGUUUAAAAAAACAGAUGUGUGAUGGAUGUUGUACAUCCUUUGCUUCAUGGUAUUCAUUCAUGAAUUUUUAGCCCCUGAUCUACAAAUGUAUACAUUUUUACAGGGCUGCUUCCUAAAGUUUUUUUUGACCUCGGGUUUAUCGUCAUAUAGUUCUCCAGUCACUGACCUUGAAUUGACUCAUAUAAAUUACUGCCAAUGUUUAAAUUGCCCUUAUGUUUAUAUUUAAAUUAUUAUGUCAAGCCAAUUCAUACAUACAGUUUGGAAUCAAAUAUUCUAAGAAUUUAUUAUAUAAAUUUAUCAAGAAUAAAUAUGCCUCUCCAUCCUUAAGUGUUUACAUGCUCCCAGGUCAUUGUCAGUUUAUGGUAUUAUGUUGUGUUAUUUAAAGCAUUGAAUGAAUAGAAAAAAUUGCUCUGUAAUAAAAACCUGCUUUCAC